CGUAUUUCGAUAUCGGCCACUAUAGCUAUUCCAAUGACCAGCCGCGAGAUUGAACAGCUCCUCGAAGCCCUCGAGACCGAGGCGGUGACAGAGCAGAGCACCAAGUCUCAUGCACUACUUGAAAAGGUUCUGGCUCACACUAGAACCUCUCGCGACACUGCCCUUGCUCCUCUGUACGCCAAGAACGGGUUGCGCAUCCUUGGUCUCUAUGCCUUUGGGGACCGCGACCCAGCUCAGAAGGUUGUUGCCUUACGAUGCUUGAACAAUAUUCUAGUUCGUUCUGUGUCAACAAGGCAGGUCUUUAUCAAUGAAGGGUACCCGAGCAAGGUUUUGUCUUCAAUGAAGAAUGGCGACCCCAAUGAAGAACUUGCGACUGCCAACCUGUUCCUCUUUUGUGCAUCUCAACCCACCUUUGACCUCACGUCGAGCUUUGAAGACGAGGGUCUCGCUGAGAUUGUCAACAAGAACAUAGCGCGCCACGCGCAAUCCUCCGAACCUCUCCCGAAUGAUCCUGCCAAUCCAGCUCUGGCAAGUCUGAGGCUUCUCUCCACCUUGGCUGUGCGGGCCGAGAACCAGGCACAUCGGUUUCUGCCUUCACUCGAACCAAUCUUGGACCUUUUGAGCAAAGUCCCUGCGACUGUCUCACAUGCUGACCUUCCGGCCUCGGCCCUCAUUUCUUGCCUAGUCUCCAUACCAAUAGACCAAAGGGAGGAGUUCCCUGUCUCGGCAGUCGAUAAGCUAGUGAAUCUCCUCCAGGAAGCAAUCCCCAAAGCCGAUGGCUCUUCAAAGGCUGCGGACAAAGAGCUACUGCCUCUUUUGGUGGUCCUGCAUCGUCUCGCUCAAUCCAAGCCAUCUGAUGCUCGGAAACGACUCGCUGAACACAUUCUGCCAUCUGAUGAAGAUCGAACAGAGGCCUUGGGCAAGGGCGAGUCCCUGCCACAUAGGCUGCUCAAGCUUGCUUCCACGACCGUGGAGCCUGAGCUACGAGAGAUGAUUGUCAAUCUCUUCUUUGAGAUUUCUGACAAAGACCCAAAUAAGUUCGUGCACCAUGUCGGCUUCGGACACGCCGCAGGCCUCCUUUCUUCCAAGGGCAUCCAGUUUUCGCCUGAAGGCCUCGCACAGGCCCAGGCAAGCAGCGCUAGUCCGGAUAUCAACCCCAUCACAGGCCAACAGCGCAGCGCAGAGACUGUAUCCGACUUGCCUGAGAUGACACAAGAAGAGAAGGAGAGAGAAGCUGAGAGGCUCUUUGUUUUGUUCGAGAGAUUGAGGGCUAAUGGUGUGAUUUCUGUCGAAAAUCCUGUUACUCAAUAUCGGGACUCGGGUCGUUUCGAAGAACUUCCCGACGACGCGUCUGAUUAA